AAUGCAGCAUAUCUCACGUGACAACAGCUGACAGCGCAGAGGAGGAACACUAACAUGGCGGUGUGCAUAGCAGUGAUCGCAAAAGAGAACUACCCGCUGUAUAUCCGCAGUGUGCCCACUCAGAAUGAGCUGAAGUUUCACUACACGGUCCACACUUCUCUGGAUGUGGUGGAGGAGAAGAUCUCAGCUGUGGGCAAAGCUUUGGGAGACCAGAGAGAGCUGUACUUGGGUCUGCUCUACCCCACCGAAGACUUCAAAGUAUAUGGGUACGUAACCAACUCAAAGGUGAAAUUUGUCAUUGUUGUGGACUCGUCAAAUACAUCAUUGCGGGACAAUGAAAUAAGAAGUAUGUUCAGAAAAUUGCACAACUCCUUUACAGAUGUAAUGUGCAACCCGUUCCACAAUCCCGGGGACACUAUUCAGUCCAAGGCCUUCGAUGGCAUUGUAUCUGGAAUGAUGGUUCAAACCGGCUGACUUCUCCUCCAUCCAUUCUUGUCUCCACUGUACAUAACACCCUUGAAUCCUUAUUUGUGAUGCCUUGGAUUAUUGAAAUGCAUGUGUAAUAAAAUGUAAUUG